GUACGUCACCCUCCGCGGGUCGCAGCGCACCAUGCCCCGCUGCCCGUGCAGCCUCGUCAGGGUCUCCGCAACGCCCGUCGCGGCCCUGGCUGUGGCGUUAGUCUCGUCGCUCUCUCGCUGCUCCCUCCUGGAGCCGGAGGACAGUGUGGUCUCCGCGCUCAGCCCCUACUUCGGCACCAAGACUCGCUACGAGGAUGCCAACCCCGGGCUACUGCCGGACCCUGAAGCGCCGCGGCGGGACCCGGAGUUGUUAGAGGAGACCUGUACCCCAGUGCAACUGGUCGCCCUCAUCCGCCAUGGCACCCGCUACCCGACGACCAAACAGAUUCGCAAGCUGCGGCAGCUGCACGGGCUGCUGCAGGCCCGCGGGGCCAAAGAUGACCGGACCCGCGCUGCCGGCCGCGGAGACCUGGGCGCCGCGCUGGCCGACUGGCCGCUGUGGUACGCGGACUGGAUGGACGGGCAGCUGGUGGAGAAGGGGCGGCAGGACAUGCGACAGCUGGCCCUGCGCCUAGCCUCCCUUUUCCCAGCGCUCUUCAGCCAGGAGAACUACGGCCGCCUGCAGCUAGUCACCAGCUCCAAGCACCGCUGCGUGGACAGCGGCGCCGCCUUCCUGCAGGGGCUCUGGCAGCACUACCACCCGGGGUUACCGCCACCCGACGUCGCAGAUAUGGAGUGUGGACCUCCAAGAAUUAAUGAUAAAUUAAUGAGGUUCUUUGAUCAUUGUGAGAAGUUUUUGACUCAAGUGGAAAGGAAUGCUACUGCUCUUUAUCAUGUAGAAGCCUUCAAAACUGGACCAGAAAUGCAGAACAUUUUACAGAAAGUUGCGGAUAUUUUGCAAGUGCCAGUCAACAACUUAAAUGCAGACUUAAUUCAAGUAGCUUUUUUCACCUGUUCCUUUGACCUGGCAAUUAAAGGUGUUAAAUCUCCUUGGUGUGAUGUUUUUGACAUAGAUGAUGCAAAGGUUUUAGAAUAUUUAAAUGAUCUGAAGCAAUAUUGGAAAAGAGGAUAUGGGUAUACUAUUAACAGUCGAUCCAGCUGCACCCUGUUUCAGGAUAUCUUUCAGCACUUGGACAAAGCAGUUAAGCAGAAACAACGUUCUCAGCCAAUUUCCUCUCCAGUCAUCCUCCAGUUUGGCCAUGCAGAGACCCUUCUUCCACUGCUUUCUCUCAUGGGCUACUUCAAAGACAAGGAACCCCUAACAGCUUACAAUUACAAAGAGCAGAUGCAUCGGAAGUUCCGAAGUGGUCACAUUGUACCCUAUGCUUCAAACCUGAUAUUUGUGCUUUACCAUUGUAAAAAUGCUAAGACUCCUAAAGAAGAAUUCCGAGUGCAGAUGUUACUGAAUGAAAAAGUGUUACCAUUGGCUCACUCACAAGAAACUGUUUCUUUGUAUGAAGAUCUGAAGAACCACUAUAAGGACAUCCUUCAGAGUUGUCAUACCAGUGAAGAAUGUAAACUACCAAAGGUGAACACAUCUGAUGAGCUAUGAGUAACUGCCAAACAUUUUUAAUUCAUCAGCAAUCUCCAGGGAGUGAUUCCAUGCUUGGAAUAGGUGGGCAGUCCCUGGGUACAGAAAGCUUUAACAUUUCUUGAGUAUUUCUGUUUAUUCAAAGAAAAAUGUUUCUUUUUGAGUCUGGACAUGGGUGUGUAAGAAAUGAUUCUUCACUGAAGCAGCUCUCUUAUGGGAAAUCUAUUCAGAGAUAACUGGCACUACAUAUGUUUACAGAAAUCAAAUUCUUCCUCUUUAUGUAAGAAAUCUCACACUGAGAUGGAACAUGAUUUGAAAAUGAUAAACAGAAGUUUUGAAGUAACAAAAUAUUUUGUCAGUUGGACAGUCCAUAACUUGACUGGACUAAGUCUCGGAACUUUACGAGUUGUGCUGCCAUUCUUUCUUUUUUCCUCAGGUAGCAUAGUUCUAGUAUUAUCUUCUUAAUCAGAGCUAUUAUGAUUCACUGGGAGUAUCUCUUUGGAAGAAAUUAACAUCUCUAGUUGAGAAUUUGAAACAAUAUUAAGAAACAGUAAAAUUUAAAAGAACACCUUCACUGAAGGAAGACAAAGUAUAAUAAAAUAUCUUUGUUAAGAGUAUUUAUAAAGUAUUUGAACACAAUUUCAAUAAUUCCUUUUAACCUCUUAGUAAGUCUUGAAAGGCCGUGAUUUAAUUAUUAUCAUACCUGUUUCACAUAUAUAACUGGAAGAACAGAGAGGACCAUUAGCAACAAGACAGAAGAAUAGAAUCAAACUUAAAUCCAUUGCUUUAUGUGUUUUUUUGUUUUUUUUUUUUACUUUAUAUGUUUUUAAAAAUUGUCACUUUGCUAGUAUUUGUAUAUUUUGCUGUUAUGUGAGAUAUAUCUUUUGAGGUUUAA